UCCAAUGAGGCAGGGACAAGGCUUUGUACAAAUGAAGAAAACACGUGGUCUCCCCGAAACCCUACGGGCUCCCAACUUCCUUUUCCAUCUCAACUGUUUUUGAGGUCGCUCGCCGUGUGCAGGCAUUGCACUCGAGACACCCUGACUUCAACUCUUUUGAGCGCGAAUGCAAAGGUUCAAGGGAACGAGUACCGAAUACCGACGCCGCCAGAAUAGAAGUUUAGGGAUUAAUUAAACUAUUUUUUGUGGGUUCCCACUCACGUACUACUAUUCUUCUGGCUCCCCCUUUUCAAUUUCGAGGGGUCGCUGAAAGCGAAUGGUUCAGGUGGGUGGCGGGCAUCCAUCUGCUUUUUCCUAAGUUUUUGGGACAUUCUGGAAGGUGCGCCGUUGCAUGAACAAGGAGACAGUGGUCUGAGAGUGUGUCUGCGCUCUUGUGUCACUAUUGAGCCAAUGCUAUUGCUAUGCAAUAGAUGUGACUACGGACCCAAGUGUCGCUCAGAAACGUUGCAUCUCUGUGAAACACGAUGAAAGACGACUUCGCAGAUGAGGAGGAAGUGCAGUCCUUUGGCUACAAGAGGUUUGGAAUCCAGGAAGGAACCGAAUGCACUAAAUGUAAGAAUGACUGGGCCCUACGGGCAGCGAUUGCAACGUUAUAUGUGCUGUGCUUUCUGCUUACCAUCGCCGUAGCAGUGCUGGGAUACAAAGUGGUGGAAAGGAUGGACAAUGUAUCGGAAGGCAUGGCGAGUUACGGAGGGAAGAUUGUAGCUGUGGAGACAGACCUAAAGAAACUUGAUGACCAAACCGACGAGAAAACCGAAAACGCCACAAGCGAGCUGCUGACGUUCAAGUCGGAAAUCCAGAACUUGCAGCGACAGGUGAAUGACAUUGCUCUUAGAGCCACUAGUAACCAGGCGGCCCUGGACGAGCUGCGCGAGGUGGGCGAGGACGUGCACAACGGGCACAUCACGCUGCGCGGCCUGCUGGACAGCAACGUCAACACCAUCCGCAGCGUGAACAGCACGCUGACCGCGUACAGCGACCUGAUCAACGCGCUGAAGGCGGACACGGAGCGCCUGCACACGGGACUGCAGGUGCAGAGCACGGAGCAGAGCCGCGCCACCGUCACCAUCGCCGCCCUGAACAUCACGCAGGCGCAGCAGAGGAGCACCAUCAGCUACCUGCAGAAGUCGGUGGAGGACACCAGCCAGGCCGUGCAGAAGCUGAAGAACGACUACCAGGGCCUGCAGCAGACGGCGCGCCAGAGCAAGGCGGACACCGACUGGCUGCGGGAGAAAGUGCAGAACCUGCAGGCGCUGGCGGCCAACAACUCGGCCCUGGUGCGCUCGAACAGCGAGGCGCUGGACGACAUGGGCUCGCAGCUGAGCACGCUGUCGGAGCAGGUCCAGAACGCCUCGUCGAUCACCGAGGGUCACGACCAGAGCUUGCGGGAGCUCAUGGACCGCCAGAGGGACCACGACAACAUCACCUCCUCCAAGUUCGACAGGCUGGAGGCGCGCCUGGACGGUCACGAGAACGACAUGGACCGCGUGACCGGCAACGUGAGCUUCACCACGCAGCUGCUCCGGGCCAUCAGCACCGAGCUGAACGGGAUGAGGUCCUGCACGGAGCAGGUGACGCGCCACUCGGACCUGCUGCUGGGGCUGAACAGCAGCCUGGUGGAGGCCCGGGCCGACGGCGCCGAGCUCCGAGCCCAGCAGGACGACUUGGCGGCCAGGCUGGACAAGGAGGUGGGCAGCCUCUCCAUGGUCAUGGAGGAGAUGAAGCUGGUGGACACCAAGCACACACAGCUCAUCACCAACUUCACCAUCCUCCAAGGCCCACCUGGACCAAGGGGCCCACGGGGAGACAAAGGACCUCAGGGACCAGUAGGAAAGCAAGGUGUGAAAGGUGACAUUGGGGACAAGGGAAUAUCAGGGCCGCCCGGCGUGAAGGGAGAAAGAGGUCCCCCUGGACUGCCAGGCGUACCAGGACUCAAAGGGUCAGCUGGAUCCAGGGGAGCACCAGGAGCUAAGGGCUCCAGGGGAUCAGGAGGCCGUGCUGGACCACCUGGGGAGAAGGGCGAGCCGGGUUCAGCCGGGUUGCCAGGUAGAGACGGACAGCCAGGACCUCAGGGGGCGCAAGGGCCACAGGGCCCUCGAGGCCCAGCCGGCGCUGAAGGGGCAGAGGGCCCGCGCGGACCAGUGGGCCCAAUCGGACCUCCCGGACCACCCGGACUUCCUGGGUUGCCUGGAUUACCAGUUGUUGGACCAGCCGUUGGACCAGUACCAGUGCCAGUACCAGUACCAGUUGGACCAGCUGUACCAGUUGGGCCACAGCAAGUCAAGGCGCCGGACCCUACAGAAGUGCCUGGUUGUCCACUACAAUGGAAGAACUUCCAAGACAAAUGCUACUAUUUCUCAUCGGUUGCAGAGAGACUGAACUUUGAUGAGACGAGAGCACUGUGCACUAACAAAUCCUCUAGCAUGCUAAUUAUUAAUGGCAAUGAAGAACAGCAAUGGAUACGAAAGCAGAUUGCAGGCAAGGGGUACUUCUGGCUUGGCCUAACGGAUAGCGAACACGAAAACGAUUGGAGAUGGGUUGAUGGGAGCGAACUAACAUUCAAAAAAUGGAAACCAGGCCAGCCAGACAACUGGAACCAUGGCCACGAGGAAGGGGAGGACUGCGCUGGACUGAUACAUGAAAGCAGACUUCGAUUGCUUAUUUUGUUUUGUUUUUUCGUUUUGGCAAUGCCUCUCUUCACGUCAAACCCCUUUGACCAAGAUGUUGAGAAAGCAACCAGUGAGAUGAACACAGCAGAAGACUGGGGUCUCAUAUUGGACAUUUGUGAUAAGAUCGGGCAGUCGCGCACAGGGCCAAAAGAAUGCCUGCGGUCUAUAAUGAGAAGAGUCAACCACAAGGAUCCUCAUGUAGCCAUGCAAGCAUUGACACUACUAGGUGCGUGUGUAUCCAAUUGUGGCAAGAUAUUCCACUUGGAGGUGUGCUCCAGGGAGUUUGCUAGUGAAGUCAGCAAUGUCUUGAACAAGGGUCAUCCGAAGGUGUGUGAGAAGCUGAAGGCUCUCAUGGUGGAGUGGGCCGAGGACUUCCGCAACGACCCGCAGCUCAGCCUGGUGUCGGCCAUGAUCAAGAACCUGAGGGAGCAGGGCGUCACCUUCCCAGCCGUGGGGUCACAGGCUGCAGAACAAGCCAAGGCCAGUCCAGCACUAGUGGCCAAAGAUCCUUCCACUACAGCAACCAAAAAGGAGGAGGAAGACCUUGCGAAAGCCAUUGAGCUUUCCCUGAAGGAGACCCGGCUGCAGACCCAGACGUCCCUCUCUGGCCUCUACCCCAGCGCCAGCAGCCUGCUCUCCACCGCCAAGCCAGAGGGCCGCAAGGUGCGUGCCAUCUAUGACUUCGAGGCGGCGGAGGAUAACGAGCUCACCUUCAAGUCGGGAGAGAUCAUCACCAUUAUGGACGACAGUGACCCCAACUGGUGGAAGGGUGAGACGUACCAGGGAGUGGGCCUGUUCCCCUCAAACUUUGUGACUGCAGACCUUACGGCAGAGCCUGAGAUGAUGAAGACGGAGAAGAAGACGGUACAGUUCAGCGAGGAAGUCCAAGUAGAAACCAUAGAGCCGGAGCCAGAGCCGGUCUACAUUGACGAGGAGAAGAUGGAUCAGCUGCUGCAGAUGAUCCAGAGUGCAGACCCCACGGAUAACCAGUCAGAUCCAGUGGAGCUUCUGCAGCUGGAAGGUGCUUGUAACCAGAUGGGGCCCCUCAUAGAUCAGAAACUAGAGGACAUUGACAGGAAACACUCCGAGUUGUCAGAGCUGAACGUGAAGGUGAUGGAAGCGCUGUCCCUGUAUGCCAAACUGAUGAACGAGGACCCAGUCUAUGCCAUGUAUGCCAAACUCCAGAGCCAGCAGCAGUACUACAUGCAGCAACCACCCAAUGGUUCCCAACAGGUGUACCAGGGCCAGCCUACAGGGGCUCCGUAUGCGAUGACUGGCACAGCGGUGCAAGGUUACAACGUUCCCAUGGACGCCUCGCAGCACGCCGCGAUUAACCAGGCAGGAGCCCCAAUGCCAGGCCAGCCAAACCCCAGUGAUGUCCAUAUGUACAUGGCCCAGCCUGCUGCCGUCUACGGCCCGAACCCGGGCGACAUGGCUUCCUAUCCGAACGCGUCCGGUGUGCCGCCGGGUGUCAUGGCCCAGCCCCCCAGCUACAACGCCCCUACCACCCAGAGCCUUCCAGCACCCACCGACGGCCAGCAGGCCCCCUACCCAGCCGAGAAAGCUUUACUCUAAGGCCCCGCACUCUAAACAGACUCUGCCCUGCCCCGACCCGACCCGCCAGCCCAGUACCCCCUUUCCAAGUUUCUGUCUUGAAAAUGCACAGCAACAUACAGUACAGUACCUGCACAUAUGAGCAUACACUCAUAAAUACAGAUAUAUACACAUCAUUCGGAUCAUGGCGAUAUAUCCGGGGCCGGUUAUGUACAUAAGCUCCUCCCAGAGCAGGAACACUAACUCUUCAUACCCAUACCCAUGCAGAUGGUCACACUCAUACUUGCAAACUAGACAUGUACAGUAAAGACAUAGCCCAAAUAUGUAGGUGUACAGUACUCCAGUACGCCAGGCGUAACGUUACCACUGAUCGUGGUGUCAACAGCCAGUGGUGAAGAGGAGUGGUGAUGACGAGUAUCUUUUUACUUUUUUUGUUGUUGUUUUUAACUGGACACUUGUCAGAAAGGAGCGCUCAGCCAUUUCACCGGAUCCAUCUAUGAUUUUUUAGAAUCACCAAGGACUGGAAUCAAUGUCGAGAAGGCUGAGUUUGGGACAGAAACAAAGGAAAGGGAAUUAAAAGAAGAUGACGAUGAGGAAGAUGAAGAAAAAAAGGAAGGAGCAUGCACACUUUGUACAUACUGCACGGGGGCGCCGUAGCAUUGUGCUGUAGCAUUGUGCUGUAGCAUUGUGCUGUAGCAUUGUGUUUGUCACCGAGGGGGGCACACGCUGAAGGACAACAGCAGCAGGAAACCCUUCCCCUCAGUGUCCUCAUAACUCAUUGAAGUCCUCAUAACGAAAGCUGCCUUUGAGGACCUGAGUAAGGACACGGGACACAUACAGUACGACACUAAUAACUCCGAGUCCUGUGGGGGACUUCUGGUCAGCCUCCCCUGAUCAUGUCUCUCAGGCAUCUCAUUUGCUCAGUGUUAAGAAGAAAAAAAGAUCCUACCAUGCAUCUUUUGUUUUUUUUGUAGCCUGAUUUUUUUUAAUUUAUAAUUUUAUUGUUUGAUUAUUAUUAUUAUUAUUGUUAUCUCUAUUUUCAAUAUACAUGUGUGUGGAAAUGGAAACAAAAAAAGGACAGAGUUAUCCUGCCUACCUGUUGUAUUUAAGAGCCUUGGGACUCCCGUUUUAGCUUGAUUCUGUAGAUUCAGAACGGCUGCCUGCUCUGAGGUAUGGAGCACAACACUGCACGUCAGGUAGCGGUUAUUACUGUAUGUCCAUGCACUUUUUGAUUUUUGAUCUGACAUCUCAGAAUAUUUCAGUUUCUACACUACAAGAAUGCCCGUGACUGACCCCAUGAGAAAUGCAGAGAAUGGUCCACUGAUUUCCAGAUAAGCUACAUUUGAUUUGAAAACUCUAUUUUAAAAUGCACUUAUUUAAAACAAGUAUUUCAUGAGGUGGAGUAUCCCCUUGUAUGAGUAGUGACUGCUGAAUUAUUUUAGAGUUGAUGAUAUGAAGAUGGACAGCCUGUCAAUGCAAGUUACCAGUUUAAUGCAGCGCAUAGGAGGUGGCUGACCCCUCCUCACCUGCUGGCCAAUCCCCUCAGCUUAAUCUGUUGUUAUGAAUUGAGCUCGCUGAAAGAUCUGGGGUGCAUUUCUGGAAAGUGUAGUUGCUAACUGUGUUAGCUACUUCGCUGGUUGCAAUGCAAUUUCCCAUUGGGAACUACCGAAGUUGCUAACUGCUAACAACUACGCUUUCCAGAAAUGCACCCCUGAGUAGGGCGUACUCUGAUUAUUCUGAUUGGCUCUUCUCUCAUGGUUAUCAUUGCUCUGAAGUGGCUUCCUGCCUCUGUCUCAGCCCCCCACACCACACUACACCACCCCACCCCACCCCCACCCCAUUUAGAUCCCCACUCGUGUACAUGAAGUGUGUAAGAUACAAACUAUGUUUUAUGAGCUGUCUAAUCUGGGACCACGAAGCCAGUCUUAAAAGUAAGCACUCCUCUUUUGCACAUGGAGUUGAGAGGUGGAGUUCCCAGACGGAAACUGUCCCCAGGGAAACGUGACGUUUUGUUUUUAUGUUUAUUGCGGAAUGGGAAGGAGAAUUCGGUUCUUGUGUCAGUUCUGCAGUUAUGUUACAGUGUAGCCAGUCGUUUGUAUGUAAAAUUUUAAUCAUCUUAAUUAUGAUUAGUAUUCACAAUAAAACUAGGCCAAAUGUA